CCCUUCAUGGUCUCGCCGUUCAUGCCCAAUGGCACUCUCCGCAGCUUCGUCUCCGACCCAGACAAUGUUCGGCCCCUCGACGACAAACUCCGGCUGCUCCUCCAAGUCGCCGCUGGCAUGGCCUACCUCCACGACAAGCGCAUCGUCCACGGCGAUCUCAAGACCCAAAACGUCCUGAUCGAUCCGGCAUUCAAUGCCGUGGUCUCUGACUUUGGCAUGGCUCGUGUCAAGCACACUGCGGCCACCGCCAACCGCACCAGAGCCGCUAACCAACACAGCGCCGGAGGUACACUCGAUUACAUGGCGCCUGAGAUGCUGGAUGACGACAAUCCGUCCGACUCGACCAAGCAGACCGACGUCUAUGCCUUUGGCAUUACCAUGUACGAGGUCUUGAACGACGGCAGGACUAUCUGGGUCACCGGGAACGGCCAGCCGAUGAGGGAUGUGGUUGUGAUGCGUCAACUCUUUCUUGGAAAUCGCCCCAAGCGACCCGGCAACAUCUCGGACGCACUGUGGGACGUUGUCGAGCAAUGCUGGCACCAAGAUCCCUCUCUGCGCCCCUCGUUCCCAGAGAUUGCUGUCCUUCUCGAGGCCUUGAUCGAUCCCAUGCCUUCGAACAGCGGCAAUGGCGUUGGCUGCAUGGCUGCUUCGACACCGGCAGAAUCCGAGCACCCCAUCACCCAUGAUGACAACGGGCCUAGCCUCGCCACGUUGGACAACUUGGGCAUCCCGGAUCCCACCCUCGUACUUGCCAAGCAAGGGGACCCUAUCGCCUGUCUCCAAGCUGCCCGGCUGGUGCGUGGCGAGCUGGGCGAGACCGGCGAUGACGAUAGACUGGCCGCCCAGCUGCUCAAGGCGAGUGCCGACGGCGGCAAUUUGGAAGCGACCCUCGAAGUGGGCUGGCUAUACCUGACCGGCCACCAUGUCGAGCAAAACGACGGAACGGCAUUUGCAUUCUGGCAGAAGGCCCUCGACCACUCGACCGAUCCCGCCCAUCGGACCCUUGCUGCGUACAUGCUCGGCUGGCUGCACUAUCUCGGCCGUGGGACGGGCCAGGACAAGCAGAUGGGCGUCCACCUCAUGGAACACAGCAAGUCCGACGGCUUUGGCCUCGGAGAACUCGAGUCCCUGGCGAGCUGGCCCUUGACUGGGUAUGAGUAUGCGUCCACUCGGCUGUCCUCCACCACUUCGCACUCGGCUGCAGCACAUCAACUCUUAAGGAACUGCGAGGUUGGAUCCAAGCAAGACUGGCUAUGCAAGCACAUCCUGGCCAUAUGCUACGUCUUUGGAUUCGGAACCAACCGGAGCCAGAAGCGCGCCGUGAAGAUCUUUGAAGAGCUCGCCAAGACAGGGCACAGUGACAGUCGGGUGUGGGCGGGCAGGUGCUAUUACGAGGGCUGGGGGGUUUCCAAGAACCAACGCAAGGCAUUUUUGUCGUGGACGGCCGCGGCGGAGCAGGGAAAUGCGUCUGCAAUGUUCCUGGUCGGUUCUUGUCUCCAUUGGGGGCUGGGAACUGAAAGGGAUUAUGGCCAAGCACUCGAGUGGUACCGCAGAUCAGCCGAGCAAGGAUGCAGACUCGGCCAGCACGAGCUCGACCAGCUGGAAUGAGUAUCGAGGCGGUAUGAGCUAAAUACAUCCACUCGCACCGAGGUGCUGGAGCUACCGAGAAUGGCAAAUGCAUGUUGUUUUUCGUUCACAAAGGC